AUGUGCCCGAGCAAGGAGAUGAAGAUUCCCGUGGACGAUGCUGAUGCCACAGUUCACCGACUGUACGCGUUGGAUUCCCAGCCCGGGGGUCAGGCCGUCCUGCCCAUCCAGAAGGCUUUCGGUGACGGAGUCUUGGCCCAGGACGGUAGCAUCGACCGCAAGGCCCUUUCCAAGCUGGUGGUGGGAGAGGAGAACAAAGAGAAGCUGCAAAAGCUGGAGGCUAUCGUCCAUCCCCUCGUAGAGGCUGCGCGCGAUGCCUUCAUCGCCGAGGCAUCUCGGCAGUCGGAGCCGCUUUGCAUCCUGGACAUUCCGCUGCUCUUCGAGAAGCAGCUGGAGCAACAUUGCGACUUGGUCGUGGUCGUUAGCGCACCAGCUGAACAACAGCGUGCGCGCGUGCUGGCACGGAAAGACAUGGACCCUGAGAAGUUUACGGCGAUUCUGGCCAAGCAGGUCCCGGAUGUUGAGAAGCGAGCGCUGUCCGACCGCAUCGUAGAUACUGGGCUCACCCUGGAAGAGCGCCAAGGGAUGCCGGGGCUUUAA